AUGUUCGUUACACCGUACGCGGGCGUGGUUCCUUGCGCACCAGGCGCAAUAUAUAGAGAAGCUCUCUCUCUCUCUCGAAGCAUCUUUCGUUUGCUCGCUCUCGUUCAUCUUCUCUUCCAACUGGACAUUCUCUCGAAGCUCAGUUAAUCUCUCAGCUAUGGGAGAAGAUUGCUGCGCCACGCAACUGGUCGAUGCAGACGGUGUAUUCAACGUCGCUGGCCUUGAGAAUUUCAUAAAAACCGUGAAGCUCGCCGAAUGCGGGCUUUCGUAUGCAGUCGUCGCGAUCAUGGGCCCGCAGAGCAGCGGGAAAAGCACCCUACUGAACCAUCUUUUUGGUACCAAUUUCAAGGAGAUGGAUGCUUUCGAGGGAAGGAGCCAAACUACCAAAGGCAUCUGGAUGGCAAAGUGUGUUGGUAUUGAGCCUGUCACAAUUGUGAUGGAUUUAGAGGGUACAGAUGGGAGGGAAAGGGGAGAGGAUGAUACUGCAUUUGAGAAGCAAAGUGCCCUUUUUGCUUUGGCAAUUUCAGAUAUUGUACUGAUAAACAUGUGGUGCCAUGAUAUUGGUCGGGAGCAGGCUGCAAACAAACCACUUCUAAAGACGGUUUUUCAGGUUAUGAUGCGUUUAUUCAGCCCUCGCAAAACAACUCUUCUCUUUGUGAUUCGUGAUAAAACGAAGACACCAUUUGAGCAUUUAGAACAACUGUUAAGGGAAGAUAUUCAGAAGGUUUGGGAUGCAGUUUCUAAACCCCUAGCCCACAAGGAUACUCCACUCAGUGAAUUUUUUAACGUGGAGGUGACAGCUUUGUCCAGUUAUGAAGAAAAGGAAGAACAAUUCAAAGAGCAGUGGAGAUCUUUGAUCAAUGCAUCCAACAAUUGGAGAGAUAUAAGGGUGAACAAUGCUAGCAAGCCUCAUAUUCAUACAAAGAAGAAGAAGAAGAAGAAGAAGAAGAAGAAGAAGAAAGCUUCACACAUUGGCAUUGCUAGUCAUCUGUUUCAUUUAAUUGUUCGACAGCUAAGGCAGCGUUUUUUCCAUUCUAUUUCCCCAGGAGGGCUUGCGGGUGAUAGACAGGGUGUUGUUCCUGCUUCGGGAUUUUCUUUUAGUGCUCAACAGAUAUGGAAAGUUAUAAGAGAGAACAAGGACCUUGACCUUCCUGCUCACAAGGUAAUGGUUGCUACUGUUCGCUGUGAAGAGAUUGCAAAUGAAAAGCUUGGUCAUUUGGCCUAUGAUAAGAGUUGGUUGGAGCUGGAAGAAGCUGUUCAGUCUGGUCCAGUAUCAGGUUUUGGCAAAAAGCUUGGCUCCAUUUUAGAGACAUACCUUUCAGAGUAUGAUAUGGAAGCCAUAUAUUUUGAUGAAGGUGUUCGGACUGCAAAAAGGCAACAAUUGCAAUCCACGGCGUUGCAUCUUGUGCAUCCUGCUUACCAAGCCAUGUUGGGACAUCUUCGUUCUAAAAGUCUAGAUAAUUUCAAAAAUGGAUUAGAACAAUCGAUGAAGAGGGGGAAAGGAUUUGCUGCAUCUGUUCGUGACAUUACUACGUCUUGUAUGCUUGAGUUUGAUCAAGGAUGUGCAGAUGUGGCCAUACAACAGGCAGACUGGGAUCCUUCCAAAGUCCGGGAAAAGCUUUGUCGUGAUAUUGAAGCACAUGCAGCAUCUGUCUGCAGUACCAAGUUGUCUGAAAUGAUAGCUCAUUAUGAGAAACAACUCAGCAAAGCGCUAACUGAACCUGUGGAAUCGCUAUUUGAUGCCGCUGGACAAGAUACCUGGGCGUCCAUAAGAAAGCUUCUUGAAAUUGAGACUGAGGUUGUGGUGUCUAGAUUUUCAACCGAUCUUGCUGGUUUUGAAUUGGACCAAGAAACUUUUGAUAAUAUGGUUAGGAAUCUAGUCGAGUUUGCAAGGAGUGUGGUGGAAAAGAAAGCUAGAGAAGAAGCUGGGAAAGUUCUGAUCCGUAUGAAGGAUAGGUUUUCGACAGUGUUUAGCCAUGACAAUGAUUCGAUGCCUAGGGUUUGGACUGGGAAGGAAGACAUUCGGGCGAUUACAAGGGAUGCCCGUGCUGCGGCCCUGAAACUUCUGUCUGUAAUGGCUGCGAUACGUUUGGACAAGAAAUCCGAUAAGAUCGAGAAUAUACUCUUUCAUGUGCUUAUGGAUGGUACUAGUGCAGUUGCUGUCGCCAGAGAGAGGAGCAUAAUAAGUUCUUCUGCUGACCGACUUGCUUCAAGCUCAUGGGAAGAUGUUUCUCCGAAGAAUACAUUGAUCACGCCAGUUCAAUGCAAAUCAUUAUGGAGGCAGUUCAAAACAGAAACUGAGUAUGCUGUCACUCAAGCUAUUUCUGCGAAGGAAGCUCAUAGGCGUAGUAACAACUGGUUACCUCCUCCGUGGGCAAUUGUUGCAAUGGUUGUUCUUGGGUUUAAUGAAGUUAUGCUUCUUUUGAGGAACCCUCUAUACCUCUUGGUGUUUUUUGUUAUUUUCUUACUGUCGAAAGCCCUAUGGGUUCAGCUUGACAUCCCAGGGGAGUUCCGCAAUGGCUUUCUGCCAGGGAUUCUUUCAAUAUUGUCAAGGUUCCUCCCUACCAUCACGAACAUUCUAAGGCGGCUUGUGGACGAGGGCCAGAUGCCUUGGAACCCUGAACCUCCGAGGCCCGUCCCAUCUCUUGCGUCACAGAGUUUCAGGAGCCAAGCACAAAUACAGACUCCGGUGGCCGCCUCAGUGCCUGACUCAUCAUCCUUGUCUUCUUGUGAGUCAUCAUCUGAGAGGGGGAUUGAAUACUCAGGCCCACUAAGACACAGACAAGUUGGUGAAAUGGUGGACCAAUCUUGAUCGAGCGACAUUAUUAGAGGGCACAAUGUGUACAGUAUAUGGUCGAGGGCGCUUGUUGGCUCCAGUUUAAUGGAGAUGCAAGAUGUUUGAAUCUGUAGUUUAUUCUCUUUCCAGAGAUGAGAAAAGGGUUUGUAUUGGUAGAAACUGAAGGUGCAAUCUCUUCUGCAUAUAUGUGCUGUAAAAAGGUCAGGUAAAGAGUAUUUUCCUGUGGUUCUUCUGGUGUAGACUGUAUACCGGAUUGUGAUAUUUUUAUAUUGCAAGAGGCUUCUUUAGAACA